GCAGCAGUUGGAAGUUGGCAGGUGAAGGAAGCAGGUUGGGAGGGGGAAAAGUAAAGGAGGAGGCGGAAGCAGUGCUGUCGGAAGGGGGAGGGGGGAAGAAGGAGGAGGAGGCGGAGGAGGAGGAGAGCUCAGAGCAGAGCGCCGAGCCAAGGGGGAGAUGAGUUUGUCCGUUCUCGGCUGAGGCUCCGGCCGGGGCCAGGGAGCGGGGAAGCAGGGGCCGGAGCGACACCCGUGGAAGUGGGAGGAAGUGGUCGGAAGUGGUCCUGGGACUUUAACCCCUUGUGGGCUCUGCGGCAGGGGAUUUAACCCUUUACGGACCCAGGCCCUCGCGGGCGCGUCAUCUGGUGGCAUUAACCCUUUCGGGGCUGGGUUUUUUUAACCCUUUGGACUUUUCACCUUGCUGCUUCUGCUACUCUCGCUGGCUUUGCCCCCAACUCUUCGGGUGGGGGGGAGGGCCUGAGGCGAGCCCUCCCCCAGUACACCCGCAUACAUACUGUUUUUGGUGCUGCAGAUCUUGGGUCCCGCCAGCUAGCCCGCCCGACGGUCUAGGGGGUGCUUAACCCUUUGCUGACCCAGAAGCGCCCUUUCCAAGUUUGGAGUGGAGUUUGUAGGCGGAAGGCUUGACAAUAGAAUACUUCCGUCCAUCAGUGCUGCCGGCGUUCAAGAGAAGACCCGCGGGACAUUUAAAAAGAUUUUUUUUUCUUUUAAAAGAGAAAAGAAGGGACUUUGUGGCUAUUUAAAAAAAUAUUACUUCCAACUCUUCCAGAAGAGGACUCCGUCCAGUCAUGGCCGAGCCAUUUCUGUCUCAGUGUCAGCAGCAGCAACAGACUUCUCAAACUUCUUCCAACUGUACAGGUGCUAUGGGCAGAGCGGAGCGUUAUACCGAGCCCCCCGGGGAGGACUGUAGGUGGCAAUCGAGAGCUUCUCCUGAACUUGAUGAGAUCCUUGGAAAAGAGGAGGGAGGAGGGAACCCAGCCCCAGCCUCGCCUCCCAGGGCGACUGUGGCGUGCCUAGACCCCGGCUGCCCAGAGGGGGGCGAGAAGGGCCAGAACCUUGACAAUCUGACAGCUGUCGGGGCUGCUGCUGCUGCACCACCGUUGGGUGAGGGGCAAAGGCCCGGAGCCCAGCCCCCGCAGUCGUGCCAAGGUUAUGGGGGCGACAAGUUUGCAGUUCCUGUCGGGGAGGAGGAGGAGGCUUGGCGACAGCAGCAACAGCAAAGACAGCUGGGGAAGAAGAAGCACAGGAGGAGGCCUUCCAAAAAGAAGCGGCAUUGGAAGCCUUACUACAAGCUGACCUGGGAGGAGAAGAAGAAGUUCGACGAGAAGCAGAGCCAGCGGGCAUCCCGGGUUCGAGCCGAGAUGUUCGCUAAAGGCCAGCCAGUUGCCCCCUACAAUACGACCCAGUUCUUGAUGGACGACCACGAUCAGGAGGAGCCGGACCUCAAAACCGGCCUCUACUCCAAGCGGGCGGUGGCCAAGUCGGACGAUACAAGUGAUGAGGACUUCUUGGAGGAGGCAGGGGAGGAGGACGGGGGCAGUGAUGGGAUGGGGGGAGACGGAAGUGAGUUUCUCCAGCGGGACUUCUCCGAGACCUAUGAACGGUACCAUGCGGAGAGCCUCCAAAACAUGAGCAAGCAGGAAUUGAUCAAAGAAUAUAUGGAGCUGGAGAAGUGUCUCUCCAGGAUGGAGGACGAGAACAACCGGCUGCGGUUGGAGAGCAAGAAGUUUGGGGAGGACUCCCGGGUAAGAGAACUAGAGUUGGAGCUGGAUAGGCUAAAAGCCGAGAAUCUCCAGUUGUUGAAAGAGAACGAACUGCACAGACAGCAGGAGAGAGUGCCUCUUUCCAAGUUUGGAGACUAGUCAAACUUUUUGGGGGAGGGGAAAAAUGGGACUUUGUACGGUGAUGGAAUGUAACAUUAUAUACAUGUGUAUAUGACAGUGAACCUUUUUAUGACAUAAUCAAAAAUGAAAAACCCCAUGGCUUUGUAUUGUUUUAAAAUUUUAGCUAUAAUGUAGUGGUUUUUUUUUCCUUGUUCUUUAAUUAUGUGAAUCUGAAGGGUUGCUUUCUUGUUCUUACUAGAAGAGAUGAAUGUGUAUUUUUUGGAUGUAAGUAAAUUUGACUCAAAUUAUAAUGCAUUUUUCUGUUUAACCAAAAAAAAAAGGAAAAAACCCUCAAAACAGGGAGUUGUAAGGUGCCCAAAUCUGAAAACCAUUAAGUCCAUUCUAUAGUUACAAUAAAUUUAAUAUUUAUAAAUGUAA